GUCCGCCUCUGCACCUUCCCUCCCCUCCCCUCGCGCCAUCGCCGGUGCCGCACCCCGGUGGUUUGGGUUCCUGCCCUAGAGAGCUGAGCUAGGGCGCCGCCGGUAGCCCUCGUCUUCUUCGCCUGCCCCAAGCCUCGCCGCGGCAACCUGGUGCUCCGGCCGCGCAGAUGUUUGUGUGUUUGCUGCCCUGGUAGACCCUUUUGUGCGUCUGAAGUGCCUGCGGAUGGUCCAGGGAAUGGCGCCUUCCGGCGAGCCCGGUGGUGAAGAUCUGCACAAAAGGGCACUUGAGAACCACCGUAAGGAGACUGUGGGGUUCCUCAUCCUUGCUAAGUCCAUACUCAGCGACAAUGCAUACAAGGAUCUCAUCAAGACAUCACAGGAGAUCGUUAAACGAAGUUCAUGUACUGAAGAUGGAACAACGGCCAAAAAAUGCGAAGAAAUUCUGUUGGAAGUGUUUGCUGGCCAAACUCACGUCCUAAAGGGCUUCCAUCACUUUCUGGCUGGGCGUGAUCCCUUCCACGACCAGGACAGCCAGCAGAGCUUAGAGCAUGCACUCUCUUUCCUUGCGAAAGUGAAGGAGUCCCCUUGUAUAUCCGAUGAAGAUUACAACGAUUUAAUAGCCACCCUGACUCAGUUUAUUGUCACAAAGAUCGUGGGAGUUGAAGACGUUUACAGAAAGGCGCUGCUUGUUUUUCAGUGGUUUCUUCCUAAUAACGAUUUGGAAGGACAACUCAUUUCACAAUCAUUUGUGUUUGUAGGUAACGAGAGCCAUGCAUCAGUGCCCAGAAUUCAUACAAAUCUUUGAAAAUUUUCUGUCUGAUAGCCCAAGGGUGACUCUACCAAAUGAGCAAUCUCACCGAAGUUCAAAGACUACUACUGACAAGGCAGUUUUAUGCUUUACUCCAGAAGUCCAGAUGCAAAUCAUAGCUUGGAUGGUAACCGAACAAAAACAACUUAUAUGAAAUGUAAUGUACCUCAAGUGGGGCAUCCCCACAAUCAAGACCAUGAAGAAACAGAGUACAAUUUCAGGCAGAGACAUACUCAAAGGAUCCUUGAUUGCUUUGAAACACAUACCAAAGGUAAUGGAGAAUCACUUUAUGCACAAGAGUACGAGGGAGACAAGACUGAUCCCUUACCAGAAUGGAGUUCCUCAAGAGAAAAUGAAUUACCCCCAAAAGUGAACCUUGAUAUGUACACACCUUGCACUACUAGCUAUUACCUACUACCAAAGAAUUGUUUAACUCUAAAAUCAGGUUACCGGACCGAGCUGGGGCAGUCUACACUGAACAACACAUUGGUUUCUGCUACCUCUGGGAGGGAGGAUUGCUUUAAAUUCAGAACUAAAAAUCAUUAUGAAGAAAAUAUUUUCAAAUGCGAAGAUGACAUGUUUGAGAGUGACAUGCUAUUGCAGCGCUACAAAGCAACCGCCGACUUUCUUGGAAAUCUGCAAGACAAUGUUGACAGCACUGUGAAAAUUCAAGAGCAUCUAACUCCAUUACAUAGGAGGUGCAUUGAACAAUUAUAUGAUGAACAUGGCCUUGACAUGCUUGAUGCACUGUGGGAGAAAACUGAUACCAGUACAGCUCUUGUCAUUCUACGUUCUCGUUUAAAUCAGAAGAUAGACGAUUUGUCAGAGGCACGGUUAUCUUUGAAUAAAAUGUGCUUCAGUAUUAUUGCCAAUAAUUACCACAGAUCGCUUGACCAUAGAAGCUCCUCCUUCAAACAAUUGGAUAAGAGAAGGAUGAGCCCAAAAGCUUUGCUUGCUGAAGCCAGAGAAAUUAAUAUGGCAAGGUUGAACAAUGGGGAUAAACAUCUUUCGUCUGCUUGCAACAAUCAAUCAAGUUUGAUUUCGGAAAAUGUACCUAAAGAUAUUGAGCUUCACAUCCACAAUGACAUAGACAAGAUGGUUCGUUGUGCCACCAAAAGCUGUCCUGAACAAAAGCUAAUGAUGAUUUGGAAAAAAUUAGUUCAACCAUUUGUUUCUGUUAAUUGUCAGUUACCAGAAUUGAAUGGCACUGUAGGCCCCAAUCAAGCUUGUGAACACUGUGGUCUUGGCAAAAUUUUUCUCAAGAGCAUCCCUGAGUCUUCAUGUGCUAAUAAUAUUCCUUUAUCUUCGAUGAGAGGUGGAUAUCCUGUAAAUACAGCCAAUAGGUCUGUUUCUAUACACGACGCUUGUCAGACAGAGAUCGAGGAGGGUGAAUUCAUACCUGAUGUCGGAAACAUCGAGUUAGGGUCCAUGCUUGAACCUGGGAAUGGAGCAGCAAGUUAUAGCGUUCCUGAUCCCAGUGAAGCUGGGUUGAGUUUUCAGUGCCCAGGCAGUAGUAUUUAUGAUCAGGGUAAUAAAUCUGGAGUGCAUCAUGAAUCAAGAGAAGGCUGCAAUGUUGAAAUGGGAAGUUUAGCAUGUUCCAAGAGACCAGCCGAACCGCUUGAUGUGAACGGCAGUAUACCUUGCUGUUCUCUGGUUGUGCUCUUAAGGCUUCACCAGAUUUUGUGUGAGAGACUACUAGUAGCAAAGGUUCUUUCGGCAAAAGUGAGGGAUAAAUCUUCUCGAGGUUCAGGCACUUGUGAUGUAUAUGCAGGGUUUAAGGAGGAACUCUUUAACCUACUAACAGGCUCUACUAACAGUUCGAGCUUUGAGAAGUACUGCCUGGCUUUCCUUGGGCCGAAAUCAUAUGUACUCUUUACUCUAAACGAGGUGAUGGGCCGAGUUAUCAAGCAGCUCUGCAAAAUUUGUCCAGGUGCUGAAGACAGCUCGCUUCUUCAGCCCCGUGAGGGAAUGAAAGGACUAGACCCAUCCAAAUAUAUAUCCCGCCAUCAACAUGCAAGAAGCUCUCCGACUCGUCCAACAAAUGGAUCACUGGAGCAAGAUCAUCAUGAGGAGGGAGAGAAAGGUAGCAAGCCUCUCGACGACACUGUGAAGCCGAUGCAAAACCAUUUUCAGAGAAGGAAAAAGCGGAAGCUGGAGGCGGGUAUAGCGAGCAUAUCUCAGCCUGGCGCAGAUGAUUUAAUCUCGUAGCUCCCGGAUGGAACUCGUAGUAGAAUAGCUGUUGUACACAAGUUUUUGUACCAAACCCAUCAUGUAAAUAUAUGCUUGGGUGUAGUGUGUUAAAGCCCAUAUAGCGCCCAUAAGGCCAUAAGGUCUUCUACUUAUUGUCUCCUCUAAUGGGAAGAUUAUCUUAUCAAUCCUCCAAGGUUAGUAACGUAGUGUAGCAAAGCAAA